AUGGCCAACAAGGCCUCUCAGAUCACCAUGUACGACGUCAAGUCGUACUACAACCAGGCCAAGAACAUGGUUCUGAACAUCCCCGAGAUGGAGGCUAAGGUUCGCGAAGCUACGAACGAGGACCCUUGCCAGCAGUUCAACGAGAUCAUGCCCACCAUCUACUCUAGGUUCAUGGAGAAGGAGGCUCGCGAAUGGCGCCAGAUUUACAAGGCCCUUACGCUUCUCGAGUACCUUGUGAAGCACGGAUCAGAGCGUGUCGUCGACGACGCCCUUCGCAACCGUGCCAACGAGAUUGCCCAGUUGCUCUCGGAUGUUGACAAGAUCCGCACUGAGCGACGCAAGGCUCGCGCCAACCGGACCAAGUACCAGGGUGUUGAGGGCGGCAUGUUCAACACCGCCACCGGUUCGCGGUAUGGCGGCUUCGGCUCCGACUCGUUCGGCCGCGGCGGCGGUGGUGGUGGUGGCUCUGGGUUUGGUGGAAGCAGCUCCGGUGGCUUCGGCGGUGACGAGUACCGCGGAGGAAGCAGCAGUGGCUACGGUGGACGGUCCGGUGGCUUCCGCGAGAGCGAGAGGCGUCAGAGCUACGAUGAGUACGAGGGUGCGGACAACUUCGACGAGCCUCCCCGCCGGACGAGCUCGGCCCGCACCAACAGUACGAACCCGCCGUCGCGCUCCAACUCGACCCAGCCGCCGAAGCCUGUCCCGAAGGAGCAGCCCAAGAAGGAGGUGAACCUGUUCGACUUCGACGAUGAGCCCGCUGCUCCUGCUGCUGCCCCUGCUGCUCCUGCUGCGGCUGCCCCUGCGAUCGACGCUUUCGGUGACGAUGACUUUGACGACUUCCAGAGUGCCUCGUCCCCGGCCCCUGCCGCCUCCGCCACGACUUCGCCUGCGCCCGCUGCCGCCCCUGCUGCGUCGGCCAACGCCAACCUCUUCGCUCUCCUCGAGGCCAACAAGCCUCAGGCUUCUGCCCCUGCCCCUGCGUUCAACAUGGGCAGCAUGGCCUCCGCUCUCCCCGCCGCCUCGACUCCCUCCAUGACCUCUACGCCAUCAUACACCUCUCCUCCCGUCGCCUCGCCCGCACUGAGCUCUGGCUCCGGCAUGGGCUCGAUGGGCGGCAUGGGCAUGGCUGGCAAGCCCGCCGCGACGCCCGCCGCCUCGAAGCCGGCUGCCAAGGGGUCUGCGUUCGACGACCUGUGGACGACUUCGCUCGGUGCGCCCUCGAAGCCGAACACGGAGAAGAAGACGAUUGGGCAGAUGGAGAAAGAGCAUGCGACGUCCGGCCUCUGGGGCGCCAGCAAGCCCUCGCAGCCCCAGCAGCCCCAGCAAAGCCAGGCGCAGAAGCAGGCCGCCGCCGCGUCCGGCUUCGACGACCUACUCCUGUAA